UUGCAUUGACAAUCAUGUUUGUUUUUCCACCCCGUGCAUAGCAACGCGAGGAAACGAGGAAGAGGAACAGGAGGAAGGGAGGACUUGUAGUAGAAGUAGGAGGAGUCUGUUUGUUGACAUCAGAAGAAAACGAAAAUCAGAUGAGCGAAGACUGGUGGUAAUAACUCCGUUUCUCGCCUUUAGCCAGACGGAAAGCCUUGGCGAAAGCUAAGCGCUAGCCGCACUGCUACGUUCGCUAACACUGCAAGGAAAGUCAUCGUUAGCCCAAAGCUAACGUAACCCGAAAUACACAAGUGAUGUACACUACCGGCUACUGGAAGCCCAAUUCAGAAUAACAACUACCUGUCCCCUGCACUGCCAAGUCUUGGAUCUGAGCCAGACAAAAAGAGGCUAAUAUGGCAGCCAAAGCAGGAGACAACCCCGACAGCCUCAUGACUCUGGCAACGGUAUUCUGCCUGAGGAACCUGAGAAAGACGAUGUGCUAUCAGGGUUCGAGGGACAAGCUCUGCUUGCGCUCAGACAUCUUUCUUCCCAGUGAAAUCUGUGACAAAUUGGUCAACGUGUACAUGGAGUUGGUGCAUACAGAGAGUAACUUUGAACCGGAAGAGAACUUUUUCCAACUAUUCUCAGAACCUCGGAGCACCAGACUCACCAGGGUGCAGCUGAAAGAAGACUUUGUCCGUGACAGAGACUUGGAGUCUAUAAAGAAACAGGACCUGAUUGAGCUUCACCUCAUGUACUGCAACAGUCUGUCAUCCCGCAGCUUGAAAACACUGACCUGCUUCCGCGAGACGCUGGUCUCUCUUUGUCUCUUUGGCUGCAGCAACAUCUUCUAUAGGAAGGGUGGCGCCCCACUCGCCUGCAAUGAAGACACGGAGGAUGACGAGGAAGAAAGCCCCGUGUCGAGGCAGGCGUUAAAGACGGACUUUAACUUUCAGGGUUUCAACCGCCUGCGGUUGCUCAACCUGGGUGGCUUACCAGAUGAGAUGCAUGCCGAGACGCUGCUCAAACCCUUGAAGUCGCUCACCUCACUCGAUCUGUCUAACGUACAGUUAUUAGGAACAGCUUUUCUCGCUCAGUGGAAAGACAGACUGGCAUCUCUUGUUCUCUACAACGUGGACCUUUCAGAAGAGUUGGUCAAUACGGUGGUGGAACUUGUCAAUCUCAGGCAUCUUGACAUCUCACGUGAGUGUCGGAGGACCUCCAAGUUUAAGAUGACCAGGAAAAUCUUGACUGCUAUUGUUCAGCGACUGGUCAAUCUGGUCUCACUGGACAUCUCGGGUCACAUCAUGCUUGACAACUGCACAGUUCCACACUUAGAAGAAGCUAUGGGUCGGCCGAGUAACGAGCCUUGCAAGAGCAGCAUCUACCCUUUCCAAGAGCUGAAGAGGCCUCUGCAGUUUUUGGGUUUAUACGACACCACCCUUUGUAAUGUGACGCAUAUCCCUGCUUAUAAGGUGACUGGAUCAAAGAACGAAGACCAGGUCCUGAAUGCUAUUGAAGCUUACACCGAGUUUCGCCCUGAAUUGGCCCACAGAGCCAUCAAUCAACUGUUUGACAUCGCCAGGAUACAACAUUGCAUCCAGCUACUCCGAGCGCUGCGGCUCGUUAUAGCAGCACUGAAGUGCCAUAAAUACGACAAGAGCAUUCAGGUGACAGGUAGCGCUGCACUCUUUUACCUGACAAACACCGAAUACCGCAGCGACCAAAGUGUCCGUCUUCGCCAAGAGGUCAUUCGAGUGGUUUUAAAUGGAAUGGAGCAAUACCAGGAAGUCACCGUUCAAAGGAACUGCUGCUUGACUCUGUGCAACUUCAGCAUACCUGAGGAGCUGGAGUUUCAGUAUAGUCGGGUCAACCAGCUGCUGCUCAAAAUCUUGGAGCCGGCAAGGCAGGACGAAUCCAUCCAGAGAAUCGCUGUGCACCUCUGCAAUGCUUUAGUCUGCCAGGUCGACAACCACCAUAAGGAAGCUGUGGGAAAAAUGGGAUUUGUUAAGACAAUGUUGAACUUGAUACAGAAGAAGUUGCAGGAUCGAUUGUGUGACCAGGUGAUGGAGUUUUCUUGGAGUGCUCUGUGGAAUAUUACCGAUGAGACACCAGACAAUUGUCAGAUGUUCCUCAAUUGUCAUGGGAUGAGUCUCUUUCUGGACUGUCUGAAAGGGUUUCCAGAUAAGCAGGAGCUGCAUCGCAACAUGUUGGGGCUUCUGGGUAACGUAGCCGAGGUCAAAGCGCUCCGACCAAAGCUGGUGACACCGCAGUUCAUCUCCGUUUUCAGCAAUCUACUAGACAGUAAGGCCGAUGGGAUCGAGGUGUCAUACAAUGCAUGCGGCGUGCUUUCCCACAUCAUGUUCGAUGGACCAGAACUUUGGUCGAUGGAAGAGCCGCUAAGAGACACGGUGAUGGACAAAAUGUGGGAUGCGAUUCAGAGCUGGGAUGUCAGCUCACGUCGCAACAUCAACUACAGGUCUUUCGAGCCCAUUCUGCGACUUCUGCCUCAAAGCAUUGCUCCAGUUAGUCAACACUGGGCCACGUGGGCUCUUUACAACCUCGUGUCAGUUUACCCGAGCAAGUACUGUCCCCUGCUCAUAAAAGAAGGAGGAAUCGGCCUUUUGGAGAGAGUUUUGGAGUUGGAAAGUUCCCAGCCUGAGACGAAGGAUAUGGCCCAGAAAGUAAUGGAGCAGUGCGAGAGCUUUAAGGAAGACCCCAUGGAAACAAAUCAUGCCCAGGAGGUAAACUACGGACAAAGAGGUUGACGCCGCUGAGCCCCUGUAUUCGGCAAACAUCGAGCAGAACAACCGAAAGCUCCUCGUCAUUACCACAAGGGUCAAUGUGUGCAUUUUCUUAUUGUGAUUAGUUUUCAUUUUGUUGGCAGAACUGUCUCUCUGACCCUUUUCACAGCAGUUUGGGCACCGGCUUCACAUAUGACGUCUAGGGGUUAAGGCACGGUGCAUGGUGUUUUUACCUUCGCUGCUCACAAGCCUCUCAUCUGAUGGGAUGGGGGUGGGGGGGGGGGGGGGGGGGUCGUGUGGAUGGCUGAUUGUUAUCGCCCAAUGUGUGUUUUGUGAAAUAUUUCAUGAUAGAAUAUAGCAGCUGGGUUGAUGCUUGAUUCUCGGCGGAAGGAAACACAACACACAUCAAUAACCAGGUAGCAUUGACCACGGCGGAGGCUAAAGGUCACGUGGUGUCGUGCGACACCCGCAUAAGGUGGCCAACCUCUCCCAGUUAGCUCGCUGAGCUGCGGUCACAUGAAGCUGAGCCAAGAGGCACGUAGGCUGAUGUUGGCUUGAGGGAAGACUCUGCAGAUAGACUUUUUGUUAUAUAUGUAAAUAUUGUUUGUCCCUUUUACCGUGUGUACGUUUUAUAAUAUAAUUGUAAACAGCCACAACUGUACCCUCUAUUUAAAAUUAUUUAGAUUGGGCCGGCAUAUGCUUCUGUGCAUACUCAAUCACUCAAACUACGGUUUAACGAUCCCCGGUCGCUAAAGGAUCGUUUGGAUGUAGUUGCGGCCUUUAAAAAUGGAAUGCUGUCCUUGCUUGCCGUCGGUGCAAUUGCAUUGAUUUCCUUCAAAUUUACAUGACACAUUUGUUGCCUUUUAUGUCUGCGUUCACAAAUCACAACCAAUGACAAUUAUUUCGGACGGGUGGCACGUUUAAGGAAAUGAUGAUUCACACUUCUACUGGUAAAUCAGAUUGCCGCACUAUUGCUUCAUUUUCAUAAAAAACGUGGAAAAUCAUUUUGAAUGAACACAUUUUUUGGAGCAAGCUUCCCCCCCCCCAAUAAUUUUAUUCUUUAGAAUGUGAAGGUGUCAAAUAAAGGUUAUCUUGCAAGUAGUUGACAUGUGUUGCUCUCACUUGCGGGUGCAGGAGUCCACAUACCUGACUUGUGUGUUGCAUUCACUUCCCGCUCAAGUGUGAGAGUGAGUGGUUAUCUGGCGACCAGUCGAGGGUGUGGGAAACCGGGUUAUGCUUUAGCUCACCCGUGACCCUGAAGAGCACAAGUGGUCAAGUUGUCACACAAGGAUUACAAAUGUUGCUGUGAAAAUAAUAGCACCCGUUGUCGAGGUUCAGAUUAGAAAGCUUUGCAAUUACGCCAUUCAGUUCCGUUUGUCAUUUUGGUGUUGGUGAGGAGCCAAAGUGAACAUAAUCCCUGAAUUGUAAUUUAUUUCUAUGUUAGUUGGGGGUUUUUUUGUGUGUGUGUGUGGGGUGGGGGUGGGGGGUAAGUUACUGAAAAGAUAAGAUUUCCGACCCGCACGAUGGAAUGUUUUGUUGAUAGAAUUUUCAAAGUCUCUCAAAUACAUCAAUCGGUUUUCUGUAGCGCUUAAGGUCAUCAGGGCCACAAGUGAGCUGGAGUUUAACCCGUUGGACUCGGGCCGCGAGGCGGAGCACAACCUGAAAUGGUCGUGCCCUUCUACAUGCAGAUGGAAAAGAAAGACACAUGAUUACACCGUUUAAAAAAAAAGUGUGAACUCAAAAUUUGAAGGCAACUGAUUUUAAAUUAGGCAAUUCAACAAAACAUUUUAAGUUUUGUCAAUGUGAAAAUUGCCCUUCCCGCAUUUUCAACAAAGAAUCACGAGUUGACAGAACUAAUUGCCUUUUCAUUUGCCCUCCUCCCCCUUUUUUCCCCAUGACUGUCAAUAAUUUAUAUUUUAAAGUUGUAGCCUUAAAAAAAGUUCAAGUUGUCAUAUCAGUCAAGGAUCCACGCUGGCUUUACUAACUACUCUUCUCGUGUACAGUUUUUAUUUUUGCGGUGACUCAAGGCAGUCUCAAAUCUCUAGUCGUCAGCGAUCUGAGAAAUAAAUGCACUUCUUGACUUCAAUUUUAUAUUUCUGUGUGUAGGAUUCAUCACCAUUGCAAAUAUGUUCAUUAAGGUGGAGUUUUCAGCGACGAGGAUCACGAUGGCUCAGUUUUCCUAAGCUUUAAUCGAGUUGAAAAUGUGUCGCGGCGCUGUUGCUACUGUUGAGACGCCGUCUUUCCUGUUCACACAUUUGUACUGAAAGUAGAGAAAAUCACUUGGGACUCUCAAACCAUUUGUCGGUUUCACCAAUCGUCAUAAAAAGCCUGCAACUGGUUUCUUCUGUAACGGCAAGUGUAAUCCAGAUUUGAGUGAACAUCAUCCACACGCUGUGGAUUUUUUGGGUUCCUGAUCUAAAUUGUACCAGGCCAUUAGUGUAAAGGUGAACAAGCAAUAAAGAUGGAGUGGUAAACAAA